GCGCCGGCGCGCUCGUCGCUGGGCCAGAGUGGCGAUGACCGCCACAAGACAAUAAGGUGCAAAUACUUUCAUCUAUUGUAAAUUUUUUUUAAGAGCGAAAUUGCAAAAUCCGGCUCUGUAGCAAGAGUCAUAAUUUUAUAAAAAAUACGUAGAAAAAGGCUCAUGGCAGAAUAUUGCUUCUACGAGAUGAUAUAUGGAUGUACUCAAAUAUAUCUGCACUGUAGCUUCGUAAUUGUAAAAGAAAUUAUCUUAACAAAGUUUCAUGACGAAAUAUCGUUUCUAUAAGACAAAAUAUAAUUGAGUAUAGAUACAUAUCUGCACUGUAAAUAAGAAGUAGAUCAUUUUAAAUCAAGUUGGAGUUAGCCCGUCGCUCCUGCCGACCCUUAAGUGCACAAAGAUUAAGAGAAAAAAAAAGGAUUAAAAGGAGUAAUUGCAGAGUAAUGUGAUAAUAGGAAAUCAGUGGACCUGUGCUAUAUAACUCGGUGGACGAGUUAAAGCAAGUUGAAGGCAUUAUUUCUCCAUCCGAAGAUAACCUCAAAACACAUCGUUCUAAGUAUAAACAAAUUCAUAAUGCGACCGCAUAAAUUCAAACUUCCAUGUGAUAUAGACAGUUUUACGGAAAUCGACAAGAAAGUGGUGAUAGUCUCAGUGUUUGGUAAAUCUCAAUAUCGAGCAAAAGGAUGCAAGACGGACAUGCUAAGUUCUAUACUCCAAAUAAAUCUUCUGGAUAAACCAGAAAUUGAUCAGGAGUCUUGGUGUGAAAUUGAAGGAUAUUAUAAUUCUAAAGAAAAGACAGUUUAUUUGCAUUUGAGAGGAUUCUUAGAUGCUUAUUCACUUCUGACUGAAUAUGACAAAUUCACGGAAAAGCAGGACUGUAAGGAUUUUCUUAGUGUUUGGGCACAUAUGAGAGAUAAAUAUGCAAGAGCGCUUCUAGUAUUGUUUCACAUAUCUCACAUAAUGGUGCUUACUCAUCCAACACAUACCUUCGACUACAGUUAUGUACAUUUAUUCCGUGCUAUGGAUAUGAUCAGGCAAAAGAUCUCCCCACAACUUUCUGAUGUGUUAAGCUGUAUUCAUAGUUUACCUAAGGAUUGGAUUGCAAAUGCUAGACCUUGUUCACCACGAAUAUUAUUUUAUUUCGAAACCUGUCCUGCAGUAUUCCAGGAUUCAGACAGUGAUGCUAACAUCAAGAAAUUAGAACAUUCUCUGGAGGAUCAAAUUUAUCAUGUGCUAAGAAAAAAUAGGAUUGUUACGAAUAUUAGUUCGAAUUCUAUGUUUGCAAUACCAGCUAAUCAGGAAUUUGUAUACAUACAUACUGGAAAUACAGACUCAAGGGACAUGUUAGGUUAUAUGGCAAGAAAAUUAAUAGAAAGCUGUAAAGUUGGUUCUGGUGGUACAACAUCAAAAAGUCUUGUUACUAAUUUGGAUUCAAACAAUAUUGUAAUGAGUGACAGCGAAGGUGAGACUCACUCAUUUAAAUCAUUUUUGCAACAACAUAUAAAUCUGGCCUUCACAAAAGGAUUUGACGAUAAUGUUAGUCGGCACUCCAUACCAGCCCAUUUCGAGAUACCUACUUUAAAUAUAUUUUGCCAAGUAGCAAAUAAAGUUUUCGAUUAUUUUAUUCAUGGAACCGACAAAGAACUAUUAGCGCUUCAUAAUUUAUUAGAUACAGACGUGAAAUUUAGCAAGAGCCGAUGUAAUAAAAUACUUCCCAGAGCUUUACAAGCGUAUCAGGAAAAUCUACCACAGCAUUAUACGAGAGCGUAUCAUGAAUCGAAGCUGGCACACGCGAUGGCGGUUUUCGAGAUGCAUGCCCGCGGUCCAUUGUUCGAGGAAUUUAGUGAGAAAUUGCAAGCCGAGUGUGACAAACAUUGGCGAGCUGGUAGACAAAUGUGCGAAGUGUUAUCACUCACUGGUCAUCCUUGCACAAAUCCCGUUCACAGAGGAGGUAGCGAAGGUGCAGGAGGUGGAGAACAAGCUGAACCCAGAGAGGAUGACAGUGAACUACCUACCAGAGAGCAUUGCAGCGGCGUCAGAUACGUGUGCGCUUGCAAUUGCGGUAGGAUUCAAGGCUCGAGAGAAGAUCCCUUCAGUCUGAGACAAGCUAACCACGAUUAUUUCCAGAUGUUAGCGAAGCAAUGCGGUUGCGCGCAAUUAGAGAGUAUACAAUUUCCUAUAUUUCAACCUAGCACACAUAAUUAUAGAGCAGCGCAGUUAUUUUCAGCGACCAAACGCCAUGAUUCCUUCAGUCGUAACGAAUCCUCUACACCUCAAGGAGACACGCAAGCUUGUAGUUUAGGAGUUGACACUUUAAAUGAUGAAAUUACAGAGUACGGUAGCGGUGGUCAAUCGUCGGCAACAAGUGAUCAAAUAGAUAGUGACAUCCCAAGAUUAAGUAGUAAGACGAGUCUGACGCCAAGCGAUUCACACAAAGUUGUUAUAGAAGUUACUGACAGCGAUGCUGAAAAUGCUAAAGACAAAUCUCUAGUCAGACAACCAUCAACGACAGAAUAUCUACCUGGAAUGUUGCAUACCGAGUCUCCAUCCGGCUUGCUACCGCAAUUCUCCAGCUGGUCUCUGGUAUGUCUCGGACCGAGUAGCUUAUAUUCUCACAAUUUAGGACUGCAGCAUCAGAUCGGAGUAUUCCCUACUUCUGCAUUUUUGCUGCCAUGGGAUGUGACUGUCAGGUUAGAGCAUCACGAACGAAAAGAGCGGCAUUCGUUGUGGCCGAUGGUGGGCGAUCAAGGAGGCGGCUAUUGUUCACGAGGAGGGAAAAGUUUCCAAGCUAUGAAUGCUAUUCGCGGUCGUAAAUCAAAAGGCGGCAAGGAAUUUGUGGUGAAGAUAUUUGUCGGGGUAGAAUACGAAUGUCCGCGCGGGCAUCGAUUUAUGCUAUCUGCACCUGACAAGGUGCUGAAAGCAACCGGAAACGGUAUAGUAAAGGAUAGUGGAAAUAAGGUGACGUCUAGUACAGCUGAUAUGCCACUUUAUUUCCCUUGUCCUUGCAGGCAAACAAAACCAUUAAUUGCUCAAUUAAUGAGAAUCCAUGUGGUGACACCUAAAGCCCCAGUGCACGUGACAUUGAAUCCUCGGGUCCAACCUGGUCCUCCACCGUGUCCGAUUUUCGUCACCGGAUGUGAAGAGCCGGUGAAGCUCUCUCAGAGCGCAUAUUGGAUUUUAAGAUUGCCUUAUGUAUAUAUGGGCGAGAAGGGACCAUAUCUACCACCCAAGGAACCAGUACCCACGUCACAUGGACGUUUGUUGGCUGGCAUGUAUGGUAUCAGCGAGGUUGUGCCAGAAAAGAAGUGAAAAAUAGAUUUUGACAUCGCGAUAUUGUGAUAUGUAUAUACUUGUGAAUACUUGUGUCUCAUAUUUACACGUGUGUGUGUGUGUGUGUGUGUGUGUGUGUGUGUGUGU